AUGGUUGCUGUGAUGAGUCAUGGAGGUGACGGUGGUGACGAACCACCACAUCCGUUCGGUGGGAGUUUUGGUGAUCACCAAAACGAUGUGGUGCCUCUGAAACGGAGAGGCAUGGCGGUAAAUAAAAAAAUGCACAAACUCUUUAAAGCUAACGGUGAACGGCCUCUUAAGAUAGAAUUUAACGUAAAUAUUAACAUGUCGAUUGGGGAGGUGUACGAAUGUUUUAUUGGGGAGGUUGGGAGCGAUAUGUGGCGGGACAUCGGUUUUGAUAAAGACACAUGGACAGAGGUUUCUGAAGUCGAAAGGGUUGGAAUGUUGCAGUAUCCUUCGAGAUGGUUUGAUUUUGACGCGUGA